GCCUUUAUUUAUAUAUUUCAGGUGCCCUCUGUUGUGAGAUCUGUCUCAAAUGCCUUUAUUUACAUAUUUCAGGUGCCCUCUGUAGUGAGAUCUGUCUCAAAUGCCUUUAUUUAUAUAUUUUAGGUGCCCUCUGUAGUGAGAUCUGUCUCAAAUGACGAAAUAUUGAACAUGCGACAGCAGACACAGUUUUUAUGGGACGCUUACUUCUCGUCUGUUGAAAAAAUAGUCACAUCAACAUUAGAGAUCAUCAAAGACCGUAUAGAACGUCAUAUGUCAAGGUCGUUGGUUAUGUGGAACUCCCUACCCGGCAGCACAGCCCUGUUACCAGAGUUCUCUGAUUCCUUACAGUCUUUCCCGUUCUAUUACUCGCAGCUCGGUCACACCCCGAGCGAGAAGUUCACUGCUGUGAUAUAUGCGACGUCGCCCGUCAUGUUUUCAUCGUCACCUUUGUUCCGGUUGAUAAGGAUCAUAGCAACAUCCGCCUACACUCAUAAGAUGAUUGUGAUAUGGCACUGUGAUGUAGCUCCGCCCCCUUCCCAUAGAUGGCCAGCUGAUUUUUAGGCUGUACCAGUUCUGGUUAAAACCAGAAAUAUAAA